ACCGCCCGGCCAUGAUCACAUGUGCGUGACGUCACGGGGGGAACUAAUCGGCACUAGGAACUAGCCGCAACCUGAGCUUUCAGGCAUUUGACGGAGAGUUUUGAAGGGGGGAAGAGGAGCCUGAAGUAUCCGGUUUGUGUCGCAGCCGCCGGUGAGGGGGGAAGGAUUUGUGUCAGAGCCGGCGGCGGGUGUUUGAUUGACGCUUUUGUUUCCCCCGAGGCCUGUCAGACGUUCCCUCAUUCUUGGCCUGUAGUUUUCCCUCUUCCCAUGUCCCCUCCGCAGCAUGGCCGGUGAGCUCCGCCCGUGGGAGCCAGAACAUUCCCCUCCGCUGCCCGUGCAGGGCCCAGACCCCGGCUCUGUGUAAAGCUCAGUCCCACGAGCAGUUUCCGCUCUCGGCUCAGACGAUGUCUUCCGUGGCCGGCAGCCUGGCCCCCCCUCGCCCCACUAAUGGCUCCAGCUCUGACACUUCAGUCGGGGGUCGCCUGGUGCCCGGGGAGGAAAGCGAAGAGCGACCCGAGGAAUUCCGGCGCCGGCGUCACACUAUGGACAAGGACAAGGCUGAACAUCGCUUUUUCCGCCGCAGCGUCAUCUGCGAUUCCAACGCUACAGCCCUGGAGCUUCCCUCCAACCAGAGCAUCCUGGGCUCCCCUCCCGAGUCCCAGACCGGCCUGCAAGUGCUUGUAGCCUGGGACAGCUCUGUGGGGGCCCCUGUAGCCCAGCCAGUGAUAGAGCCCGCCAGGGAAGUCUUUCCUGACUCCGCCGAGCAGCCUCCGCGGAUCCCAGAGGCACAGCAACAGCACAGAGGAUCCGCGGAGGCGGAGAAAGCCCCUAAGCCAAUGAGCGAGCAGCCCGAGGAGGAGAGCGCCAGGACACUGCAGGAAAAACUCGCUGAUGAGAACGAGGAGCUGGAGACCAAGGCGGUGGGAUUCUCCCCGGAUGGCAGGUUUCUAAAGUUCGAUAUCGAGAUCGGAAGAGGAUCUUUCAAAACGGUUUAUAAAGGGCUCGAUACGGAGACGACUGUGGAGGUGGCCUGGUGUGAACUGCAGGACCGCAAGCUUUCCAAGUCAGAACGGCAGAGAUUUAAAGAAGAAGCAGGAAUGCUGAAAGGGUUGCAGCACCCCAACAUCGUCCGCUUCUAUGAUUCUUGGGAGUCAACAUUAAAGGGAAAGAAGUGCAUAGUCCUGGUGACGGAGCUAAUGACCUCUGGGACCCUGAAAACGUAUCUAAAGAGGUUCAAAGUCAUGAAGCUCAAGGUUCUGAGAAGCUGGUGCCGGCAGAUCUUGAAAGGACUACAAUUCCUGCACACUCGCACCCCUCCCAUCAUCCACCGGGAUCUCAAAUGUGACAACAUCUUCAUCACUGGCCCAACUGGCUCAGUGAAAAUCGGAGACCUGGGCCUGGCCACUCUGAAGAGAGCAUCCUUUGCCAAAAGUGUCAUAGGUACCCCUGAGUUCAUGGCCCCAGAGAUGUAUGAGGAGAAAUACGAUGAGUCCGUUGACGUGUAUGCUUUUGGGAUGUGCAUGCUUGAGAUGGCCACUUCUGAAUACCCUUACUCCGAAUGCCAAAAUGCUGCGCAGAUCUACCGACGAGUCACCAGUGGUGUGAAGCCCGCCAGCUUCGAUAAAGUUGCAAUUCCGGAAGUGAAAGAAAUCAUCGAAGGAUGCAUUCAACAAAACAAGGACGAAAGAUAUACCAUUAAGGACCUUCUGAACCAUGCCUUUUUCCAAGAAGAAACUGGGGUUCGGGUGGAACUGGCAGAGGAAGACAAUGGGGAAAAGAUUGCUAUCAAGCUUUGGCUGCGUAUUGAGGAUAUCAAGAAGCUCAAGGGCAAAUACAAGGACAAUGAAGCCAUUGAGUUCUCUUUUGACCUGGAGAAAGAUGUUCCGGAGGACGUGGCACUGGAAAUGGUGGAUUCGGGUUAUGUCUGUGACGGAGACCACAAGACAAUGGCAAAGGCAAUCAAAGACAGGGUGUCCCUGAUCAAACGCAAGCGGGAACAGAGGCAGCAAGUGCGGGAAAGGCAGGAAAAGAGAAAACAGGAGGAGAUUAGUCAACAGCAGCAACAACAAGCUGAUCUUCAGCCUCAGAGUCCUCCUCAAGGCUCAGUCAAACCAUCAGCUGGCACAGUUACCUCUGGCACACAAGUGGAACCCGAGGAGCCGGAAGCUGAUCAGCAUCUCCAGUACCAGCAGCCAAACGUAUCCGUCACAUCUGAUGGAACGCUUGACAGUGGUCAGGGAUCAUCGAUGUAUUCUGAAUCUCAUGCUGGAAGCCAGCAGCCAAUCGCCUUUGCUUCUCAGCCAGAUCCAAGCUUGGUGCCUGGGUACAGCACUCCAACUAUCCAACCCCCUGCCCAGUAUGGUGGCUACACGGCUCCCGUGGUGCCACUAAUAUCAUCUGGACAACCACCCACCACAUCCAUGGGGAUCAGCACUCAGCCUGUUCCACACACUCAGAAUGCGGUGCAUCAUCAGCCGUCUCUGCAUCCAGCUCCGCAGUACCAAGUGCAGCAGCCACUGCCUUCUGUGGUAUCGAGUAUAGUGGCCCCGGCACAACCGGUGAUUAACCAAACGCACGCUGCUCAGCCAGGCACCCAGCUCCCGGUCUCCCAGCCUUUGCCCGCUGCUCAAGGAGAACCUCAGAUUCCUGUUCCAUCAGUUCUUGCUCCCCUGCCUGUUCCAACAGUGCCAGCCUCUCUCCCACCUCAUUUGCUCUCCUUGGCACAACCUUUGCUUGUCAUUCCUCAGUAUGCUGCCCCACAGUUGCCGUUAACAGUGCCACCCCCGGUGGUGCCAACAGGAUUCCCUUCCCUCCCCAUCACCAUAACCCCAAGUAUUGGACAGACUGUACCAGGAAUACUCCCACCCUUAGUAUCUCCAGUCCUGCCACCUGAGCAGGCAGUGUUAUUUCCCACUCACACCCCUACUGUUACUCUCCAGCCUUUGGCUCCAAUCCCCACACCAACUCUGUGCCCUGCGACUCAGCCUGUUGGAUUACCUGCCACUCUGGGGAAAGCAUCUGAGCUCUUGGUUCCUCCAGGAGAUACUUCUUACCAGAUUUUUCAGCUGACUCACCCUUUGAUCCCUGGUGAUGUAAGCCUGGCUCCUUCUGUUACCGUCCCCUCAGCGAUUGUAUCUCCCCCCAUUCGUGCUGAAAAUUUGUCCCAACCUGGCAUCCAUACCGGUGUAGCUCAUCCUUAUCCUGAGAGCAGCAAUUUGUUUCCCCAUGGAGUGGCCACUCCUCAGCCCACCGUUCCCAUUACCCAGCCAGUGCCAUCAGGAACCCAGCCGCAACCUGUCAUAGAGGGUUCACAGAGUAGCUCUCUGGCAAUUUCCCAGGACACCCAGUCGUCUCCUCAAGCAACACAAGUCUCUUCUAUGGACAGUGCUCAUUCAGAUGUGGCCUCAGGGCUGAGUGAUGGAAACGAGGGCAGCGCUGCCUCUGGCGGGAGACACGAAGGCCGAACCACAAAACGGCAUUAUAGGAAAUCCGUGAGAAGUCGCUCCAGGAACGAGAAAACUGCGCGGCCUAAACUUCGAAUCCUUAAUGUUUCCAACAAAGGGGAUCGUGUUGUAGAGUGUCAGCUGGAGACUCAUAACCGCAAGAUGGUCACCUUCAAAUUCGACUUAGAUGGAGACAAUCCGGAAGAGAUUGCAACUAUAAUGGUGCAGAAUGUGUUUAUUUUGGCCACAGAGAGGGAAUCGUUUGUAGAGCAAGUGAAAGAUAUCAUAGAGAAGGCAGACGAGAUGUUGAGCGAAGACGUGAAUGUGGAGCCAGAAGGAGAACAGGGAGCAGAAAGUAUACAAAUCAAGGAUGAUGUAUAUUACACAGAAUCACAGAAGAUGAAUUAUGAAUUUAGAACUCCAGAUCCUGUAUAUUACUUACCCCAGACUUCAGCAGGUCUUGUUCCCAGCGCUGUCACGCAAGUUGUUCACUCCGCUGGUAGACGGUUUAUUGUCAGUCCGGUUCCUGAAAGUCGCCUGAAAGAGCAGUCGUUCUUCGGUGCUUUGUCACAGGACCCUCCGCUACCAGUCUCUGUUGCACAUGGUCCAGGGAUGAAUCUGUCUCAUUCUGCCUCCUCCGUGAGCCUCCAACAAGCCUUUGCAGAGAUGCGUCAAUCACAGAUGACCGAGGGUCCUAGCACAGCUCCUCCCAUUUUUAACCAAACGGGACCCCCAUUUCCACUAUCCAUGACUAGUCUGGUGGCAACUCUGCCUACUAAUGCAAUGCCUAUCCUCCAGGCAGCCCCUGUGAUCCCCAGUAACUUACCUUCUGCUGUGCCUCAACCACUGGUGGAGGUGAAUGUCCCCCAAGCUCCUGAGAGGAUAAUUGCUGGAGUGGGACCAACUAGCAGUGCCCCAAGCACCUUGUCCCCUCCACUAAUUGCAGUAUCCAACCAGCCCCCAGAGGUGAUACCAGGUGUGUCUGUAGCUGCUGUUGCAUCACUUCCUGUGACAUCACUUCCCGUGACACCACUUCCCGUGACACCACUUCCUUCUUUGCCCAUCGUGAGUGGUGUUCCUGUGGGAACUGCAGUCCUGACCUCACCCCCAACACUCAGCUCAGUCAGUACAAUGGGCACUAUCCCACCAACUGUCACAUCUCCUCCAGUGCCGCAGGUAGUGGCUAGUGUUGCCGGGAGCCUGCCUCACUCCUCAGUCUCUGCUCCUCUUACACUUAGCAGUGUUGCUCCACCUCAGGUCCCGCUUUGCAGCAGUAGCUCUGUUCCAAGCUUUGUAGAAAGUGUCAGCGCCCCGCUAGAUACGAGCAGAAAGGCGGCAGAAGUCACCACGGUAAUGAGCACAACUGGCUUAUCUCUGCCCAUCUCUGCUCCUCUGACCUAUGCUGGGGUUGCAGCAUCAGGCAUUACAGGAGCUGGAGGGCAACCUGGGGUGCCCGCUUCUCAUCUCCCACAGGGUGUGGCUUCAACACCCGUUGUAUCCCAGACUGUGGGUGUUGUGGCCACGCCCCUCUCAUCCCUUCCUCCCAUUCCUGGAGGCAGCCAAUCAGGAUCCAGUAUACCCACAAUGCAACACACGUUAGCCCAUGGCCAACCCCAGCCCACCCCUCUUCCCAACCAGCCCCAUACACACCUUGUAGAGGGUGACGCAGAUACCCUGCCUAAACCUGGCAUAGACGAUAUCAAAACCCUCGAGGAGAAGCUGAGGUCACUGUUCAGUGAACAUGGAAGUGCAGGGGCCCCCCAUGGACUCACCCCGUCAGAAACUCAAAUGGGCUUAGAUGGGGCCCCCCUGCCAGGCCCUUCUACAGGUAACACAACUCAGACCAAGCCUGCAGCCUCCACUUCACCACCAACCAGCUUGCCUUUAGGGCCACCUGGGCUACCGGUCAUGAGUCAGACACCCGGACAAACCGCUACACCCGUCACCUACGUGUCUGCGGCAGGAGGAUCUGUAGCCACCGCUAAAGCUGCCUCCCCACCCUCCAAACCACCUCUCAGUAGGGUGCCGGUGACCACGGCAGGGGCCGAAACCCUAUCAGGCAGUCUUUCUGGUGAACAACUGCCUCCUCCUCUUCCAGGACCUUCACUAACUCAGUCCCAGCAGCCUCUAGAAGACCUGGAUUUCCAGCUGAGAAGAACGUUGAGCCCUGACACUGUCCCUAUUCCCUCUGCACCAGUAUUUCCUGUGCAAAGUGUAGCAGCAAAUGUCAGCUCAGCCUCGCAGCCCUCUGUCUCAGAAUUGCCAAAACCGAUUGUUGGAGAGGCAGAGACCGGCUUGAAUAUCCAAAAAAUGGGCCGGUUUCAGGUCUCAUUGGCCACAGAGGAUGUGCUGAAGCAGAGCGAGGAGACCAAACCAUCCAUCUCAGACUCUUCAUCCACCACUUCUACAUCCUCCUCUUCCUCAUGCAGCAGUCCAGAGAGCACCCUGACUAAGCAACAGGCAAAACCCAGCGGCCCCUUAGACGUAGUGGAUGGGGUUUGUAUCCCCUUUGCACCUCCAAGGAGCGCGUCUCCCAAGCAGGUGGUGAAAGUGGGGAGAUUCCAGGUGAGCACUGCAACCACCACAGACAAAGUCGGUCGCUUUUCUGUGUCCCGGACAAAAGAUGACGCGUCUGCUGGGGUGUUGGAGACGGACUCCUCCUCUCCGAAGACCGAGAAACAUCUAAAUGGACCUUCCUCACAGCAAGAAUCCUCGGCUGCUCUCAGCGAUCCAGCCAGAGAGGCGCAGGAGGACAGUCUGGGGAGCCCCGUUUUGCAGCACGUCCUGGGGUCCAAGCUCAGCCUGCAGAGCCUGAGCAAUUCAUUCAACUCCUCGUACAUGAGCAGCGACAACGAUUCUGAUAUUGAAGACGAAGAUCUGAAGAAGGAACUGCGACGGCUACGAGACAAGCAUCUCAAGGAGAUUCAGGAGCUGCAGAGUCGACAGAAGCAGGAGAUUGAGCUUCUCUACACGGUGUUAGGAAAAGUCCCGCCCGCUGUCAUUAUCCCUCCCGCAGCGCCGCUUUCUGGCCGGAGAAGGAGACACACCAAGGGGAAAGGCAGCAAGUCGAGCCGAGGGAGCUCCCACACCGGCCGCAGCCCUCAUUUGUCAGGCGACUUGUCAACACAGAGCGCUCCGUCUGCAUUGCCCCCACAGCCAGGCCUUCUGCUCCCGCCAAGCAGUGCCCCAGAACAUGCGCAUCUCCUCAAACCCUCCCCUUCCAGCGACAUCCUCUGCUCGGCCUUCACUAGCGACGCCGCCAUUUCUGUUCCCAGUCUGUCUGCCCAGGGCCAAGGCUGGGCCAAGUUUAACUGCGAAUCAGAGCGAGUAUCCUUCAAAAUGGCUGGCAGGAGGACGCGAUUUCUGAGUACGCCCUGCUUGGCUCUUUGGAAGAUGGUGAAAAAAGUCUGUCCUUGCAACCAGCUCUGUAGGACCAGCAGUACAAACACUGUGGCCCCAUCAGCUGCCCCGGCCCCCCAGCCCAACGCACCCCCCGUUUCAUCGAGUCGCACGGGAACCUUUACGGACGACCUACACAAACUGGUGGACAACUGGGCCCGAGACGCCAUGAACCUGACUGGGAAAAAGACCUGCAAGGCCCCUGGGCAACCCGGCUAUGAGGGACCUGGGAUGGCCCGAAAGUUCUCUGCUCCUGGACAGCUGGGCGUCUCCAUAACUCCGCCCCUUGGGGGAGCGGUCUCUCUCCCAGCAGCCUCUGCUUCCUCCCUUGCUCACUACCCCAAAGGAAUGUGCCCCCCGCAACAAUUUGGACUGUUCCAAGCUCCAAGCUGGAGCGGCACUGGCGUCCCCCCCUCCUCUCAGCCUUUGGGCCAAUUCCCCGCCCCCGCGGUGACUUCUUCAUUACAGAACUUUGGUAUGAGCAGUUUGCAGAAAUCCAUCAGCAACCCCCAAGGAUCCAAUCUACGGACUACCUAGUGCGGGGGUUGGGGAUCCCUGGCACCGAAUACAAGACUGGGGGAGCACACGAAGUGGUCACUUCACCCCCCGACUGUACAAUAACUCUGGAACCCCUAGAGGAACGUCCCCUCCCCCGCCUUAUAGAGGAGAUGAUGCCACGUCACGUGGAUGCCGUGACUGCCCCCCCAAAUCCCGGGAGCGAGGGGAGACGCGGGGAGUACGAUACAUGAGCAGCGGGUCCUUUGUGCUUCAUCCUAUAGCUCAUUAAUGCUUUAAUAUAAAGACAUAUUAACGGCUUGGACUGCAGCAUCACAAAUGUAUGAAUAAAAGUAAAUCUAUAAAUAUAUUAAAGAAUAAAAGUUCCGAGAGGACAUUACUGUGCCA